UUGACUUUCUGACAUUGUAUUACAUUUAUUAUUCUACAAGUGGACUGCCAAAAAAAUCUUAGAAAUCUCACGUUCGAAUGACAAAGCAAAAUUGAUUCGCAAACGGUAGACAUCUGAUUGUCAUAUAAUUUUCCAAAUCCGCUAAUAUUAUUGGUCGCCAUCGAUCGUCCGAUUGCAUGGAUGACGUAAGCCUUGGUGGGAAAUCCCACCAUAAUUAGUCGGCCAUCAUGAUUUGCAAACAUCUCUCACAAAAAUAUAUAAUAUUUCAGUUACUGAUUUUUAUAAUUGAACAAGUACAUAGAACGUUGCGUGUGUGCAAGUACGUAUAAUAAUAUAAUAGUAAUGAGAAAAUCUAAGGUGUUCGUACAAAUAGAGCACUGCUCACCGAAAUUUCGGUUGAGAAUUUAAUAACGGAAUUACCACUCAUGGAUUAAUCACCUUCAAUCAGCGAACAUCGAGAUAAUAUAUCGGUAAAGAUAACGUCCGUGCCACGGCGACCACAUUGUCACGUUAGUUGUCCGUGGGUGUUUGCCAUUGUCACCUCGCCACACCUCGGAGUAUCAUCCUAAGAAAAAAUAAUGCAGAUUCAUACGGCGCUCACAUUACUAGCGUUGCUCUGCCUCAGCCAUGGCGCGGAAGUGGGAUUUCCCGGUGACAAGGCGAUGCUGAUGCCCCUUGGGCUGAACGGUCGCAUCGUGAAUGGGACCAAAGCGGCUUUGAGACAGUUUCCGCACCAGGUUUCCCUGAGUCGCAGCUGGUCGCUCAGCCAUUUCUGCGGUGGCAGUAUCAUCAGCUCAAAACUAGUCCUCACUGCGGCGCACUGCAUGUACUUGAAUGGCGAAGUAAUUCAGCCAUGGUCAAUUGUCGUGGUUGGAGGAAUUGUGAAGCUCACCGACAUGACUCCUACGAGGCAGGAGAGGGGUGUGGAAAAGAUCAGCAUUCAUCCGAUGUUUGAUAUUUCAACUUUGCACAAUGACGUUGCUGUUUUGCAGCUAUCUGUUAGCUUUAAAUUUACUCCGGAACUCCACAACGCUCCCUUGGCAGGAAAUCCCAUUGUACCCGGCACUAUUUGUCAAGUGGCCGGAUGGGGCUAUCCCGCAGACAAUAUCCCGAUAGUGUCUCUUGAUCUGAUGUAUGUGGAUCUACCAAUACGAUCUGUAGACGAAUGUCGCAAAUUACUGAAAAAUAUAACAAAUCUGCCAGACGGUAUGUUCUGCGCCGGCUACUUGGAUGGUGGAAAAGACGCUUGCCAGGGUGAUUCCGGAGGCGGUAUGGUGUGCAACGGUAUUCUGACCGGUGUCGUGUCCGGUGGCGAGGGCUGCGCACGUCCACUGUUUCCUGGUGUAUAUGCAGACGUUUAUUACUAUCUAAAUUGGAUAACCAACAACGAAGCGAUCGUGAUAAGCGGCAACUUUUCUCGUGGCAACUCCACUAGAAGAAACAACGGUGAGCACCAAAAGGCGUCGGUCGUAGCGGUUGCUUUUUUCCUCGCGCUGCUAUCGAUCACAUCUCGACCUUGAGGCUAAAAUCCAUUGUUAGCACAUCGACAUGUGCGACGAUAUUGAUAAACUAAAAGCGAGCAAUUAUUGCAGAUAACGCCUGAAUCACGGAACUUGUUGGUUCACUUGUAGCACACUGCAUAAUGGUCAUAAAUGACGAAUGUCUUGCAAGAUAUUAAAGUUUUAAGAUUAGAGUGAAGAUUACAAUACGAUUCCAUGGUGUAUUUUAAGUUUCCAGGUACUCUGAUUUUCGCUAAAGUGUAUCUUGCAUGAUUGUUCCUAUUAGCAAAUAUGAAAUACGUUUCGCUAUUUAUUCCGUGAAAUAUUGAAGAUCUGUAUUUUUAUUGGUGACACAUACCCAUGGGAAUCGUAUGGUGACGGUAUUUCUAUACGACUAGUUUAGUUCUAAUCAAAUAUACUUGUUAUAAAAGUUACUGUUAUGAUAUUGUGUUCUGGAAAUAUUGGUUAUUUUUACUGUUACGUUACUGUUAAGAUCUAUCUAAUCUUGCCUGUUCAUUCUAUUUUAUCUUUCGCUUCCUGACAUUCUAUCAUAUUUCUACUUCUACGAGUGGAGUAGCAAAAUGGCGAAUGAGGAAACCUCAGAACGUUCGAAAGACAAAGCAAAAUCGCAAACAUCAUGUAGUAGACAUAUGUUAGAUCAUAUAUCUGAGUGUCGUAAGAUAAUUUUCCGAAUCUGUUAAUAUUAUUAGUCGUCAUCGAUCGUCCGAGUGCAUGGAUGACGUAAGUUUUGGCAGGAAAUUUCGUCAGGAUUAGUUAACCAUUAUGAUCAUCGAUACAUAAAAAGAUAUUUCUGUUAUUGAUUUUUAUCUUAUUGAACACAAUAGAACUACAUAGAAAUGUACAAUGAUAAUAAAAUAAAUAAAAUACCACAAUACAAUCUA